GUCACUGAAUUUUUCAUGGAUUAUUUGCAUUUAAGCGGCGAGUUAACCAAUAUAAGUCCACAGUCUUUCAUAAAUUCGUUAUUCUUGUUGUUAGACACAAGACAGACAAGAGGUGUCACUGACAGAAAACAGGAAUCACUCUACGACAUGACAGGAAUGAGUAAAGUUGAACAGUUUUCUUUCGUCCAUUCGGAAAGCGGUGACACGGAGGAGGACAAGAAACUUUUGGAGCCGUUCAAACUUGCUCUUACAUGUGGCGAAAAACAUCCAUACGCAAAAUUAAUGCCGCUUUUCAACCACUGGCUUAAAAUAGCACCCGAUAGAUACCAACAAAUUAAAGAAAUAAUAGACAUAAUACACCACGUAUACGUAAUAUUCGAUGAUAUUCAAGAUAACGGUAUUGUUCGAGAUGGUUUUCCCGUUGUCCAUGCUAUUUAUGGAGUUAGCAGUACAAUAAACUGUGCAAAUUAUGCACAAAUAAUUUGUUUUAUGAAACUUCUUAAAUUGCAUCCUGAUGCAAUGAAAAUCAUGUUGGAAGAACUAUCGCAAUUCGAUAGAGGUCAAGGACUCGACAUGUAUUAUAAGGAUAAUUUUAUCUGUCCAACGGAGGAAGAAUACAUGGUUAUGAUAAAAAAAAAGUCUUGUUGGCUAUCUAAAGUGAUAUUUAAGUUAAUGAAACUAUUUUCUACUUAUGAAAAAGACUUAGUACCGCUAGCAACUGCAAUAGGAGUGUUCUUUCAAAUACAUAAUGAUUAUUGCAACGUUUUUGUCGAUAAAGACUUUAACGAUAGAAGUUAUUGUGAUGAUUUGACCGAAGGAAAAUUUGGUUUUCCAAUUGUACAUGCGAUUACAACCAAUCCUACCGACAGGCAAAUACUAAAUAUUGUAAAACUACGCACAACGGAUGUUAACAUAAAACGUCACUGUGUUAAAUUAUUAGAGAGUUUUGGUUCGUUUAAGUACACGAGAGGUAUACUUGAGGAAUUGGAGAAGAAGAUGAAAACCGAUCUUGAACGUUUAGGUGGUAAUCCGAUUUUAAUGGAGAUGAUCGACGACUGGAAGAUUCAGAUGUCCAAGACACGUGUCUAAAACCUGAGCUGACGUCUAAACUAAGUUUAUUAAAAGGUUUCUUUAAGGUUGUUUGGAUAUUUCAAGUUAUGAAAACAUCAGGCGUAACAUUAUUACAAUUAUAUUAUCUUAGUUUUAAUUUAAAGUAUAUAUUUUAAUUUAAAGUAAAUAUUAUACUUUAAAAUAUUUCUAACAUAUGCUUAUGGUAUAUGUGCAUUAAAAAAUACAUAAUGUCUUAAAGUACAAUAUC